UAAUUCAGUGUUGUUUGCCGAAUAAAACAACCGUUACCUCGCGCGUGAAGUAGCAAUGCUUUGUUUAAAUGUAUAUCACCAAAACGAACGUCAAUUUCUCGUGCGCGUGUAGCCUGGAAAAAUCAACUCUCUCGUCCCCAUUCGCACGCGACUCCAAUUAAACUGUCCUCUAUUUGCCGCAGAGAAAAGGACAAGAAGACGGGCAGAGAAAAGCGCCGUGCGGCAACCUACAUAUUGUUUGUGCGCGCGAGGUGAGAGAGUUAGGAUCUUCCAAAAUAAUCGACCGGAGCGCUGUACGGCAGCGGCGGCGCCAGGGGCGCACAUCGAGCAGCAGCCAAGCAAAAGUCAGUGUCGCGAAGUAAAUCGAAGUGGACGUUCGCUGCGUCCUCCAUCGACGACGUUUAUCAACAGUGUUGUCGUCCGCCGUGCUAAAAGUUUCGUCUGUCGACUCGAUGACGAGGAAGCAAGCAAGCAAGCCAUCGUCGUCGCGUGGUCUUCUUCGUUGAUUGUGAUAUGUGAUUGAGAAAGAGAGUGCGAGUGUUUGGCUGCGUGAGGGCAGCGCCGCAAAAUGUCUACGAGGUCGCAGCUAACCAAGGAUUUGAACGAGUCAGUAAAGGCAUUACUUGGCAAGCAUGUUAAAAUAUUGUUGAAAAAUGUUGUGAAGCUAGAAACUAAACCAGAUAAACUUGAAAAUCGCGUAUUGGUAUUUUCACCAUGUCGACUAUUUAUUUUAACAGCAAAGGUGCCUACAAGGAUCGAUUGCCACUUCCACUAUUUGGAGGUAACAGCAGUAGAAUCCAAAAGAGCCAAUCAAUUAUCUUUGACAGUUGGGGAAAAGGUCUACAAUUUUGUGACUAUGGGUUUAGGAAGUGUCGAUACUACAGAAGUAGAUGCUAUGAUAGAAGCUCUUCAUACUGCUAUUCGAAACAUAUUUCCAACAGUACCUUUAAACUAUGUAAUCAGAAAAAUAGAUGUGAUACCAGCCAGCAGAUUGCAAAGCAUCAGAGGUAGCGAUUUAGCAAGAAGCACUGAGGCAACAAGGCAUACUGGCCCAUGUGGGGGCUUCUCUACUCAAUAUGCCUGCAUGUGUGAUUUACACAAUGUACCUUACAGAGAAGAAGUUGCUUGGGAUGUUGAUACAAUAUAUUUAUCACAUGAUACAAGAGAAUUAGAUCUUAGAGAUUUUGAUCAUCUUGAUCAGAAAGACUUGAUACCUAUUAUAUCAGCUUUAGAAUAUAAUACGUGGUUUACAAAAGUGCGUGUUUCUCACCUCAAGCUUAGUCAUGAACCACUGGAAAGAUUACUGCAUAUAUUGAAGAGAUCAUUAUCUAUUCAAGAAAUAUACUUGGAUAAUAUUGGAGCAAAAUGGGACUUUGCACACAAAUUAUCAUUAGCUUUAAUUACCAAUACAAAUGCUGUAUUGCAUACUAUAGAUUUGUCAAGCAACACAAUCGAAGAUAAAGGAGCAACAAGUCUAUGUGGUGCGAUUGCAAAAUUAACUCAAGAUCGCUCGAAUUGUAACCCAUCAUCCUUUUCGCGGAUGCACCAAUAUUUUUCACCUCUAGGAGCGGCGCACACAACUGGACCGCUCGGCAAAUUGCCCAAAGGAUUGCAAAAAUUAAAUUUAGCAAGAUGUGGUUUGACUGGCAAAGGAGUUGGUCAAAUUGCUCAUGCUUUGAGCUUAAAUCGCAGUAUGCCUAUGAGCUUACAGUAUUUGAACCUUGCAGAGAAUUGUUUGAAAGAUGAUAUUAACACUUUAUGCAGCUUUUUAGCUCAGCCUAAUGGGAUAACCCACUUGGAUCUCAGCGGUACUGAUACAACAUUAGAAUGUUUAUUCGGUGCUCUGUUGAGGGGUUGUGCAACGAAUCUAGUCCACUUAAAUGUCGCCCGAAACUCAUUCUCGAGUAAAAAAACCAAAGAAAUACCACCGAGCUUCAAGCAAUUUUUCACGGCAACGCUGUCGCUCAAGUACUUAAAUAUCUCGUUCUGCAAAUUACCCCUUGAGGCGCUUAAACAUCUACUCCUUGGGUUAGCUUGUAACGAAAGUACAGUUGGUCUAGAACUCGACAUGAGCGGGAAUAAUCUCAGCUCAAUGGGCGCUCACGUACUUGAAUCGUGUAUUCAUGGCGUGAGGUGCAUAGCUUCGUUAGAUAUCUCAGAUAGCAAUAUGGACGUGGAUUUGGCUCAAGUAAUUACUGCCAUAAGCAAGAACAAGUCCAUCAAAAAACUGUAUAUGGGUCGCAACACACUUGGCAUGAAAAGUAAACACAUUGCUGUUGUAAUGGAUUCAUUAGUACAGAUGCUUCAAGAAGAAGAUUGCGUGCUUCAAGAAUUACAUUUACCUGACUCACGAUUGAAGGGUGAUUUGUAUAAUCUUAUCAACGCUAUUGGUAGUAAUACUUGUUUACGAGUGUUGGAUAUUAGUGGCAAUCAAAUUGGUGAUCCUGGUGCUAGACUUCUUGCUAAAGCAUUACAAAUUAACAAUCAUUUGAAAACUAUUAUUUAUGAUAGAAAUAACAUCAAUAUGCAGGGUUACGCCGAUAUUGCCCAUGCUUUAGAGAGAAAUUAUAGUGUCAGACAUAUGCCAACGCCAAUUUACGAUCUGCAGCCUUGUAUGAAAGCUUCCGCGGAGAAGACCGAGCAGUUGACAAGAAAGAUACAAGACUUUCUUCAGCGAAACGUUGCUCCCUGCAGAAACAGUCACGGCCAAGCUUUCCGUUUACAACAAGGUUUCUUAUUAAGUUCUACUCAGCAUAUGGUUGAUCGAUUGGUCGUUCAAACGCAAGAUACGAUUAAAGCUCUAGCAGCUGAGACUUGUAAUGCCAAUGAAGAUAUUAAUUACGCGACAGGGCUGAUUCAAGAUGCUGACAAUUCAAAACAACUUUUGCCAAGGUUGCAUGAGGUGCUGCAAAGGCGAGACGAAAACAAUCCUAUAGAGGCGAAGCUCAUUGAGACGGCUUGUCAAGUGCAUAGAGUUGUAUCUAGCUAUUUGCAGGAUUCUUUGGAAGCAAUGCUUAAAUGCGCCAACGAGCAGUGUCCUGCAAUUCUGGAGCAAACUGUUGUCAAUAGAGAUGAUGAUUACGAUGAGAACGAAUCAAUCACUCUAGAAGAGCAUUUGAUGAAAUCUUGUAAAGAGAAAAAUAAGAUAUCUUUGGAGUUUAUUCAAAACACCAUAACCGAACAAGCUGGGGCAGAUAUAGUCAAUAAAGUGAACGAACUGAAUCUCUCUGUCGCGGCCCACAUCUCCGAUCGUAUAACCGACCAAGUGAUUGAGUCACUAUCGACAAGCUACAAAACGUUAAUCGGAGAGUGUGAGAUUCGCACGCGGAGCAGUACACCAGAUGUUUUACGGCCUAGCGCUGGUUCGACGAGCAGCGGUGGCGGGAGCGUAAUCGGCGUGGGAACUGGUGGCAUAAGUUUGAGCAUGUCCGCUGGAACACCAGUUGUUGAGAGAACGAGCCUCGUCACGGACGAGGAGGACGAUCAACAAAAUAGUGAACGUGCUGAUACUUCUACCGAAAAGGAUAAUCAUGUGUUUCUGGGUAAAGCCAUGGGACGACUUUCUGCUGAGGAUAAUUCACCGAUGCUGGAUUACUUGAAUCUUGCAACACCACACCUGUCAAAUAAAAGAAAGAGUUUACACGGAAGAAAAUUACGGCCUAAAUCUGUAGUAGAUUCUGUUGAGGGUCUAUCGGCGGAUGACAUUCCAGACCUUUUGCCGUCGUCUUCUUCAUUGCCUAAGAAUCAACAAAGCCAAGAAGGAGCAUCCGAGAACGAACACUCAUUAACAGAGUCACUUGAUUCGCUCUCAGAGUUGCCAUCGAACACAGCAGGUCAACAAUUGCAACACUUGGUGAAAACAAGACCAAAAAGAACAAAAACCCGUGCUCCGUCAAGACCGAUGUUGCGACCUGAUCAACCUCAGUCAAUCGAUGGCAUUGCUCUUGAAGAAGGCCUUGAUGUGUUCUUCAGGCCCACGACACCUACUACACCCAUUAUUGGUUCGCCAACAAGCGAUGACAGUUCACUUACGUUUCCAACAACCGCGACCGCGAGUCAAGACGGUGGCAGCCCGAGUCCCUCUGUAACUAGUCAAAAGAGCGAUGCAGUUAAGAAAAGUGCACCAAAUGCACCGAUGCUCAAAACCUUGCAUACAGAACAACAGUCACCGCGGUCACGUUCCAGUGACGAUGUGGCUAAGUUCUCACCCCUUGUUGGUCGCCGAUCACACGGAGACUCACCUCUUACGGCCUCGCCGUUGGCUCGACGUAAUACUGAUAAAAAUGAUGGAUCUAGCGAUGAACAAAGUGGCCAUACCGCAACGCCAGACAGUGAGGCGAACAAAGAACAACAAAAAAAUGAACCAAUCGAAAAUGGAGGCAAGAGUGUCAUGUCAUCCGUUCGAAAAUUUACUGCAGCUAGUCCAACAAACGGUGGCAUGGCGAAAAAUUAUAUCCUUGAAACGGCAAAAUCUCCAGUACUACGUUCUUUGGCAACUAAAAAUAAUCAACAAUCUGGUGAUCGGCGUUCGCCACCUACAACUGCUCCAAAACCAAGACCAUGGAGUAUGGCAACAGAUAGAAAGUCUGGUUUUCUUACAGGUGAAUUUAAUCAACUACUGAGCGAUGGUUCAAGUCCCAAUACAUCAGCAGGAAAUACACCAGACUCAGGUGACGCACUAGACGAGUCAACGGAUAGUGGCGUUUGUGGGCCAGCAUCAUUGCCACCAAGUCUUACAGCAAGUUGCAUCGUGGGCAGUUCACUGAGUAACAGUGGUAUUGAAAAGCGCUCUGUUCGUGAAUUAGCGGCGAGUCUUUCAAAGAGUAGCAAUGCAUCAUUGAAUCCACCGAAGGCAGACAAGAAGGAAAACGAGUAUUCUGCAGCAUGGAGAUCUGUUCUACGACGUUAUAUUGAUCCCCCACCACCGAUACCGCCACCCACACUUAAGGCACAGGAAGCACAGAAAGAGACUGAGCCUAAUCGUCGACUGGCUUUCAAACUUCGACGAACCUCUUUUCUUCUCGAUUCGAAUUUCAAUUAUGAUAACGACACAGUUGAUGUAUAGAGAAAAAGAAAGAAAAGCAACAUUCCAAUAAAUGAUGCAAUCGUAACGAUUUGCUCAAAAUUUGAUGCACUAGGCUGUCGCGAUAUAUUGUUUAUUAUGUAUUAACAAAAAGAUGGACAAUGUCGAUAUUUUAAAGAUUUAUAUUUUCGAAUUUUAAAUGAUCAUUCAAACGAUAUUUUUUCAGGUAAAUUAAGUGUAUGUUCUACUAUAUAAACAAAUUUUACAUUCCAAUAUCGUUCUGCCAUUUAAAGAAAAUUAUCUCAAGGUUAUUAACGAUGAGUCAGUAACUGACGUUGACCUUUACAAAUAGCGUAAGACAAUUGAUGAGAAAAAAAACUGAUAUUGAAGUUACUUCUCUCGUGUAAACUGCCCAAUUUAAAAAGAUUUUUUGUAAAAUUAAGACGUAACUGCAUCGUUACCGAAAGUACUAUACAAUAAUAACAUACGAACAUACAAGAUUUCUUUCUUUUUCUCUUCUCUAGAAUACUUCUAUUUGAUGAAAAAAGAAAACGAAUUGACAUUUUUCCAUAACGAAAACGACAUGCAUUGACAUUUUGUACUUGCAUCGAUUGUAUUCUCUAAAUCACAGAAACAUUAAGUAUGUAAAUGUAAAGGGCCGACAUUUUUAAGUGCCUGCUGUUUAAUUCCGAUGAACAACCGACUAAUUUUAAAUUAUAUCUCAGAAUUCAAAGAAUAUUUAUCAAGGGCAGGGUACUUAAAGAACCCUCUAUUAUUUAUGCACUACCUCAUCAUCUUCCAUUACUCUCGCUCGCUUAAUUUUCCUUUUCGUAUCAUCUUUCAAACUGCAUAUCUUUUUUAAUGAAUCGAUACACAAAAAAUGGAAUUUUUCAAUUUUAGAUGGUUUUUACCUAUCAAAAAUCUCGAAAAAAUUUAUACAAUUUACACAUUUUUGAAAAUUUUCAAUUAAUGACUGAAUUAGUAUAGUUUUUUGCAAUAAUCAGAUCGUUGACAAGAUUUGUUACAAAAAGCCGUCUCAAUUUUUUGUAAUUAAGAAUUUACACGACACGUAAAAGACUUAGUAAACUUAAAUUAUUAUUAAAAAAGAUUGUAGUUUUGAAUCUAUAUAAUUACUACCUGUGAUUUUUUACUUUGUCAUUUAUGCCAAAAUUAGCCAACAAUUUUUUACACUGCUAUAAUUAAUCAAGAGCGCGAGUAUCGAAGAAUCAAUUAUUAAUUAACUUUACUCAGAGAUAUAGCUCUAUUUUGUUUUACUAGUUUCGUAGAUAAUACUAGUGAAACCUACAAUCACGAUACAUAUAUUAAUGAUUCCAGCUCGGUGCUCUGUUACUAGAGUGCUCCACUUUAUUAAUUCCUCUUUUUUAAUAGUAUGUAAGGCUUAUUUCGAUGAUUUUUACUUUUUGUUUUUUUUGUCGUGCAAGCAAGUGCGAAAAAAUCACUGAUGUUGUUUUUUAUGUUUUAGUUGCGUCCAUUCACGUUUCUUUUUCGUGUGCGUAUUUGCGCACUUAAUGUACAUAGGUGUGUGUAUAAGCGAAUUAGUUAAGAUACACGAAGAGGAGAAGGUUUUACGAUUAUAUAUCUUGUAAUUCUACGAGCGCCUAGUUAUUAUUAUAUACAUAAAAAGGUAGAUUCGAAUCGAGCCGUGAAAUUUUGCUCUGAGUUGAUUGAUGUCGUUGACCAUAUGUUGACUGAAAUAUUCAUUGCUAAAGAUGAUUUAUUUACAUAUAUAUAUAUACAACUGAAGCAAUUUGAAGUCAUUAUAACAACGUAUCAUUUUUAUACUAUCAAUUUUUUAUACUACUAUUGUAUUUUGAUUUAGGCUAUAUGUAUGCGGAUAUUGUAGUUGAUGACAUCUUUUUCUCAGUGCAAACCUUAAACUGACAAACAAUUUUACGGUAAGAAUUUGAUUAAUUAACUUAAAAAAACUCACUUUAAAAAUUAGACAUUUUCGAAUUGCAUUGCUCAUCCAUAAAAUAACAUAGGCCGCAAGAAUCUUAUUUGUGAUUUUUAAUAUUUUUAAUAUGUGGAUUUAGUUACAACAUUUCUAAGGUCACAAAAAUUUUAAUAACCAAUUUGUUUUAAACUUAGCAUGUAAUUGAAUAUAUAUUACGUUGAGCAAUCUAUAACAUUUUAUACUUUUCUUUUAUGAUCAAAAAUUCAUUAAAAUCCGAAAUAUUGAAAAUCACUGCAACGUAUCAUACAAUAUUCAUCAUUAAGCCAGUAAAGUUUAACUCUUCAAGCAAACAGUUAAAAUAUCAUAAAAAUAAAAUCGAAUCGAAUCUCAAAACUGCGUGUGCCAAAUUAAAGUGAGUAUAACUGAGCUGAGAUUUAAACACGCGAGAAAUAUUGAUAAGAAUCCUGAUUAUUAAGAAGGAAUUGUUUGAUCAAAAUUUUCUAUUCAAUAAAACAAUUUUCGUAUCUUUUUUAUACUUAAAAGUAUUGUUUUGAAAAGAAUUCUAUUUUGUACAUACAGUAAUUGACUUUUUGCAAUAUAUAUGAAAUGUGUUUUUUAUGUAAAAUUUAGGCACUGAUUUUUGUGUGAUCAUCACCAAAACGUAAUUGAGUGUAUCGCUUUUUUUCUCACACGAUAAAUCAAGUGAAACAUUUUGAGUCGGAAGACAGACGGAAGAAGUGCAUGGCUUAUUACAAAAGUCACACGACAAGUGUAUGUGUGUGCGGCCGAAAAGUGUAUGUGCAUGUAUAUAAUUUUAUUUGUAACGGUUGACUGAGCGCUCAUGGAUGUAGAUCUUAGGAGCAUUUUUUUGCGAAUAGAUAUAAUAUUAAAUUAGCUUACGCACAUACAAGUGCUAAGUUCAAUGAUUGUUUUCUCAUUUUUUUUUUAAUAUUACGUAUUAUAAUAGUAUACAUUCCUUAUGUAUUUUGCCAUGAGCUGCAAUCAUCGAUUUAAUAAUCACUGUCUUGUCACGAUUUAGCGUUAUACAUACAAUUAUAAACGAUAGUAAUUAAUAUUGUUAUUACCUAUUAUUGCUGUAUUAUUUUUUAUUACAUUAUUAUCAUUAAUAUUAUGAUAAUUUUUUAAUGAAAAAAUAUUAAAGUUGUACACGACGGGUGAGAUGUGUGAAAAGGUGGAAUUGUAUUUAGCAAGGGAAACGAGAUGUAUUUAUGAGUAUAUCUUUGACGAACAAUAAAAGUACGAGAUCGAUUUAA